AUGAAAUGUUUAUGUGUUGUGUUGAUAGUAUAUUGCUGUGUCCUCAUUGUGGCUAGUAAUGAUCCUUGUUGUACCAGUAAUGCGUUUGAAACAGUUCUAUCAGAAGCUGGUGGUAUCUAUGUUUCCAAUGCCACCACUGUACCAAUUGAUGUAUGGAAUAAAAUGUACUAUGAUUUCAAUAGAAAGAUGAUGACGUUAGAGACCCAUACUAGAUUAUCAACUGGUUAUUAUAAACAAAUAAAAAUUAUUAUGGAUUUCAGACAGCAAUUAGAAUUUGCCAUAGAGAAGGGUAAUUGUACAGUUAUUCCAGUAAAAGAGAGUAUGCAGAAACCCUGUAUACCAAAAAAUGCUACAUAUUUAGGAUCAAAUUCUAUUGGUUAUGCUGAUGAAGCUAUAGAGUUUACUUCGUGGGAAUUUGAAACUCCAAACUCUGAUGUUAGUACCAAGUUAACGGUCAGUAGUAAAGGUUGUGUACCAUUAACACAAUCUAUGUAUGUGAACCGUGGCAUGUGUCUACAUACGACCCCAAACAAUAAAACUGCAGUUAGUUAUACGUUUGCUAAUUUUAAGCCUAUGAUAACAAACGAUGCAGUGUUUCAGAUUCCAGCCAAUUGUCAACAAGUUCAUUCUCAUAUCGCCCCAUGA